AUGGACUGUCCGAACUUCAGCGACUGGGCGUACGGGCCGCGAGUCCAUACAGGUUGCCGUUCCUUUGACUUCACUCUACAGUUUGAAGACAUCAUUUUUUCAUGCUUGCCAUCUGCAUUCUUUCUUCUGCUUGUCCCACCGAGAGUUGUCCAGCUGCUUCGACAGCCAGCUCUUGGCCAGCAAGUUGGUAUGUCCAGCCGCACAAUUGAAAACCGCCGUCAAUUUGUCUCGCCGUCGACAUGUCUGACUAACUCCCAUUGCAAGGUGGCUACGGUUACACUUCUUGCCUUUCAGUGGGCUUUCCUGGCUUUGCGCUGCCAGACCUCAGCAUACCAAACUCCUGCGUCCAUUGCCGCUGAUGUCUUGACUCCCGUUGCCACGCUUGCCGUCUUGCUUCUUUCAGUCCUAAACCAUCAAAGAUCGCCUCGACCCUCGACCCUGCUCAGCAUCUAUCUCUCGGCAUCCAUCAUACUUGGCAUUGCUCGUAUCCGUACACUGUGGCUUAUCUCUGUACGCGGCCCUUUGCCAGCCAUCGCCACAGUCGUGUUGGUUUUCACACUGGCGGUGCUCGUGCUAGAAUCCAUCGAGGCGAAGAAGAGACUUGCCGCGCCCGGUACCCCUCCCGACGGCAAACAUGCAACUCCCGAGCAGAGCAGCGGAUUCUGGUCGAGGACUUGCUUUGCGUGGUUGGCGACAACUUUUUACUUGGGGUAUUCCAAAAUCAUAUCCCUCAGCGACUUACCAGGUCUCGAUUCGAAUAUGGAGAGUCGCGUUCUCCACCAAAGUUUGGCCGUUGCAUGGGACAAAUACGACCACCAAAGUCGCCAUAGUCUCAUUAAAGCUUGCUUCAGGGCGUAUCUUUUGCCCUUCCUGGCUCCUGUUAUUCCCCGGCUCUGCCUGACAGUCUUUACAUUCGCGCAACCAUUCCUCAUCAAAUCGACCGUAACUUUUGUGAGUAACGGCAACCAAGACGUUAGCUACGGCAGAGGCCUUAUUGGGGCCUGGGCUUUGGUGUACCUGGGCAUCGCGAUUAGCAACUCGGUUUACCAGUACCAUAACCUUCGCUUUACGACUAGGCUUCGGGGAGGGUUAAUCGCGCUUGUCUACCAACAAGCUGUCUACACAAGAGACGUCGAUACUGGAGAUAUCACGGCGGUAGCCCUAAUGGGGACAGAUGUUGAACGUAUCUUUGGCGCCAUGUCAAUGUUUCAUACGACGUGGGGUUCGCUACUUGAUAUUGCUGUUGCCAGCUGGCUUCUAGGACUGCAACUAUCCCUCGCCUGCCUGGCCCCGAUAGUCCUUGUAUUGGUUUUCAUCGCGAUAAUGUCGAAGAUCUCUGUAGCCAGCAGAACGGCCCAGAUGGAGUGGAUCGAGAAGAUCCAGGAACGUCUUCGUGUCACAACGAUAGUGCUUGGUGAGAUGAAGGCUGUGAAGAUGCUCGGGCUUACAGAUAUUAUGUCGACAACGAUUCAGAGACUGCGGACUAACGAAAUCAAUACCUCAAAGUCAUUCCGCAAGCUGCUUGUGGCCACUUUGUUGCUCUCGCUCACCCCUAUUAAUCUUGCUCCUAUUGUUACCUUUGCCAUCUACGUCAUCAUCUCAGUCUUCUGGAAGAACGAAACUCUUUUACCCGCCCAGGCCUUUGCCUCCAUCGCAUUGAUUGGGCUCUUGACCACGCCCGUUGUCAUGUUCAUACAGCUACUGCCAAUGAUUGUCCAGUCGUUUGGAUGCUUCGACCGCAUCCAAGACUUCUGCAACUACGGCCCCCGACCUGCAACUCUCGAUAGUCAAAGUAGCACCUUCACCUCGCCGUCUUCAACCGAUAUAAAUCUUGUUCCAUUGACAAACAAGGGCGACAGCAAGUUUGCGGACUCACAACAGCUCCAUGCAAUUUCCUUCAAAGAGGAAAGCUUUGGAUGGAAGAAGGAUCAGGCUGUGCUUCACGACCUUACCGUUGACAUCCCUCGAAACGCGGUGACUGUUGUUAUCGGUCCCGUGGGAAGCGGCAAGUCAUCCUUCCUUUGCGCAAUACUGGGCGAGUUGGUACCCAUGUCUCCUCCUACUGCCGGUCCAGCCGUCGGAAACCCUCCUGAUAAAGGUGGCGUAGCAUAUUGCUCACAGAGCCCGUGGCUUGAGAACGAAACGGUUCGGCAAAAUGUACUCGGCGUUUCACUUUACGACCCGAAGUGGUACGAUGCUGUUAUCUCAGCCUGCGGUCUCGAAACCGAUUUACAAGCAUUGCAGAAGGGAGACUACACACUCGUUGGCAGCAACGGUGUCAAUCUAAGCGGCGGCCAAAAGCAACGCAUCGCUCUGGCUCGGGCUGUCUACUCGAGGCAGAAGAUCGUUGUCCUUGACGAUGUUUUCAGUGGCAUGGAUGCCCAUACGGCUAAGCAUGUCUCGACCUGUCUGCUUGGCACUGAUGGUCUUUUGCGUAGGCAACGCGCAGCGAUCGUCAUCGCAACGCAUAGCCAUGAACUAAUGGCCCUCGCCGACUUCAUCAUCUGCCUCAAUGAUGGCAGGAUACAAGAACUCGGCAACCCCGCAGCCCUCGUGCGAGGUCAAGGCUAUACGAGCAGGCUAGGGUUGAAGUUGUCGUCUGAUGGUGUGAAGGUACAAGAGUCUGAUGAUUCUGUGAGUCCCAUUGAGCAGAUAGCCACACCAACCAACGAGAACGACAACCACCAAGAACAAAGGCCUCAUACCGAUAUCCGACGCAAGAAUGGGGAGAAGGCAGUUUACACAUACUAUUUGAAGAAUGCCGGCUGGAGGGCAGUGACCCUAUACUCAGUUUCAGUCGUCAUGUGGAUCUUCUUCUCAGAGUUCUCUACCGUUUGGGUCAAGUGGUGGUCUGAAGCCAAUUCUGCCAAGGCCAACACAAGUGUGGGGUAUUACUUGGGCGUGUACGCCGUGUUUGGCGUCCUAGGCACUGUGGGAGCUUCUUUAGCUGCCUGGUUUGCAUUCCUCGACAUCAUCACCAAUACGGCUCUCAAGCUGCACUCAGACCUUCUCAAGACUACCAUGGCUGCAUCCUUCCGUUUUCUGACCACAACCGACAAUGGCGAGAUUCUCAAUAGGUUCAGUGAAGACAUGCAGCUUCUGGACAUGGACCUGCCUUCCAACCUUGUGAAUUACACUUCCACGGCCAUAUCCGUCUUGGCUAAGCUCGUUAUUCUCGCCGUCUUCUCCCAAUUUCUCGGCAUUGCCAUCCCUUUCAUCGCGACCGUCGUCUAUUUUCUGCAACGCUUCUACCUUCAGACGUCUCGCCAGAUCCGUCUUCUGGGGAUCGAAGCCAAGGCGCCCCUCUACACCUGCUUCUCUGAAUCCGUGGCUGGAAGUGUGACUAUUCGCGCUUUUGGGUGGCAAACCCAGUACCAGGAACGUAACUAUCACCGUAUUGACUUGUCCCAGAAACCAAGCUAUGUUCAAAGCUGUAUUCAAGCGUGGCUUACGGUUGUGCUUAACCUAGUUGUGGCUGUGCUUGCUAUCGUCCUCGUGGGCGUAGUUGUUACUUGGUAUGAUAAAUUUAGUGCUGGUAGCGUUGGUGUUAGCCUUGUUAUGGUUAUUGGAUUCAGUGAGGUAUUAGCACGCCUGAUCCAGAGUUGGACUAAACUUGAGUCUAGCGUGGGGGCUGUUGCAAGAGUGAGACGGUUCGUAGCAGAGACCGAAACGGAACACAGUGCUGGCAAGGGACAGCUAUCUAGGGACUGGCCCCGUAGCGGGGCUGUCAAUUUCUCCAACGUUGUGGCGUCUUAUGGUCCUGACGCCGAACCCAUACUCAAGGGAGUAUCGCUUUCGAUGAAGGCCGGUCACCACGUUGCAAUCUGUGGUCGCUCAGGCAGCGGCAAGACGUCGCUUGUACUCAGCCUACUACAGAUGACAGACAUCAGAGAAGGCAAGAUUGAGGUUGAUGGUGUCGACAUAUCAACUCUCGUGCCAUCGGAGCUUCGUUCUUGCAUCAAUGUUGUUUCCCAAGAUCCUUUUCUCAUGCCGGGAACAAUCCGAUUCAACAUUGAUCCGCUGAGCGCCGUUUCCGACGACGACAACGACGCAAAGAUCACCAAAGCUCUCGACAGAGUUAGCCUUUCUAGACAUGUUCAAGAGCAAGGCGGCCUGGACGUAGAGAUGGACGAUAAAGCUUGGUCGGCCGGUCAGAAGCAGCUCCUCUGCAUGGCUAGGUCUAUGCUUCGGCAGUGCAAAGUUUUAAUUCUAGACGAGGCCAUGAGCAGUGUUGAUAGCGAGACUGAGGCAGUUAUGCAGGAUAUUGUUGACAACGAGUUCCGUGACUGCACUGUUCUGGCUGUUAUGCACAGGCUCAAGCACGUCUCGCGGUACGACGCAGUGGUGCUUCUUGGUGACGGCGAAGUCUUGGAAACUGGAGAGCCAUCUUCACUGAUUGCGGGAGAUGGUCAGUUUGCUGAGCUUUACAGGAUACACUCGAACUGA